AUGCCUCUUUCAUGGGACCCUAGACGAAUGUGGUCAGACAAUCCUUCGGCCGCCGGUGCAUCCAGAGAUAUGCCGAAUGAGGAGAUCGUCGCCGACUCCUCCCCCAAGGCUGUCCCCACUGCAUUUACCGCGCGGUCAGAUUCACCUAAACGCUUUCGCUUUGUCAAGGGUGCCUCGCGGCCAAAGAAGCGUCGAAGAGCCAACUCGCCAAAGGAACAAGCAAGACAACCAGUUGUAACAGAAACCUCCCCGAUUACCCCAGAGGUCGUGCGUAGGACCGCAGCGCAAAACUUGGAGCUAUUUGAUGAUCACCAAAGAGCUAAUAGCUUAGCUGGGCUGGAACUGCAAGACGGACAUUUCUUUGAUGAUUUGAGUUUAUUUGACUCCCUACUUCCUAACAUUUUUGCGUCCACUCCCUUCCCCGAUAUCGAGCCCCAGGAGGCACUGAUAGCAGAAGCGUCGGGUCUGAUACAAACACCCAGAAUGACAAUGACACCUCUUUCUCCAGCCGAUAGGGCUGUUGAGCCGGCGUUACAUAAUCUACAAACCAGCUCAAUGGCUCAAAAUAUUGACAUGUUUCGAGAUGAACGAGAGCAGAGUGUUCUAGGUGAUAUGGUUCCACGAACCAUUCAAGAACCCGCAAUCUCUUAUGCUUCCGCGCGUGUUCAAGGUGUUCCUAUGAUAUCCGAUAUUUCAUCCAACGACCAUGAAAAGCUCCUUGAAUUAUUGUGCCCUCUCCGCUACUGGGAAUUGGUCAGCUCACCUGAUGCGGGCGCAUUCAGUGCUCCAGGCCCAUGGAGGCCCAAGCGCAUUGACGACACCUCGCAUUAG